AAAGACGCAGACGAAGAAGACGGCCGAGCUAAACCAGGAAGUGCGCUGACUCGGAUCGGAUCAAAACAAACCGAACUCACCUGUCGCAGAGCUCCAGCACCUUCCUACCUGCGCCUCCCCCUGGACGACAAUGGACGAAACACUCUUCCAGUUAAAGUUCACUUCCAAGCAGCUCGAGAGGUUGGCCAAGAAGGCGGAGAAGGACUCUGAAAAGGAGCAGGCGAAGGUCAAGAAGGCGUUGCAACAGAAAAACGUGGAAUGUGCCAGAGUUUACGCGGAGAACGCGAUCCGGAAAAAGAAUGAAGGUCUUAACUGGCUGCGCAUGGCGUCUCGAGUCGACGCCGUGGCCUCUAAAGUCCAGACCGCCGUCACCAUGAAGGGCGUGACCAAAAGCAUGGGUCAGGUGACCAAGGCCCUGGACAAAGCUCUGAACUCCAUGGAUCUUCAGAAGGUCUCUGCAGUCAUGGAUAAGUUUGAAACCCAAGUCCAGAACCUCGAUGUCCACACCUCAGUGAUGGAGGACUCCAUGAGCUCGGCGAUGACACUGACCACGCCUCAGGAGCAGGUGGACAACCUGAUCCACCAAAUAGCCGAGGAGAGCGGCCUGGAGGUGAUGGACCAGCUCAACCAGCUGCCUGCAGGAGCCACCUCUGCGGUGGGCGCAGAGAGCUCACGGAGCCAGGACAAGGAGGACCAGCUGUCUCGACGGUUGGCGGCUCUGAGGAACUGAGGCGACGAUGGCGCCGGCGGCGUACAGCUGUGUGGAAGCAGACGAGCUCAACGACGAGCGGCGACAGGAGUUGUGUGUGUGUGUUUCUAUUGAACUGUUCCUACCGGGAGGACUUAAUGAGUGUAUUGAUUACCGCCCCCUCUCCCUCCUCUUUGCUCUAUAAAUACACCCACUCUAGAAAUACCACCUGAGAAGGCAUGAAUCUCUCUCUCUCUCUCUCUCUCUCUCUGGUUCACCUUCCUCCGUUUCGAUCCAUCUAUUCCCGUUUCUGUCUUCCCCUCUUAAUUCCCCAGCGGAUCUCAGUUUACCUUUUGCUUUUUCCACUCCUUUUUUUUUUUAUCCCUCCUCGUCCUCCUCCUACGCUCCAGUUCUCAAGUCACACACUUCUGGAUGUAUAAAAGGGGAAACCCCCGUUUUACAAACUGUAUAAUGUACAAGUGUAAAAGUUUUAAUAAGCAGUUAUAGCGAUCAUAAGGUGCAGGGUGGGCUAAAGAUUUAUCUACAUGUUGUUUGUUUGUUUGUUUGUUUUUCUGGGCUCUGUCGUGGUUCAGAUGGACGGCUCUGUCAGCAGAAAGGAGACACAUUCAUCAAUUUCUGCCCGUAUCGAGCGCCGUGUCGGUAACACUACCCGUCUCCUUCCUUCGUCAGACUCCCCUCGCGUUAUAACACCGCAUACAACGAAGGACAAUCACCAAACCUUUGUGUCAAAACGAGUUAUUUUUGUGUUUUACUCAGAUUUUUUUGUUGAUCUUACGCCUGUAUUUUCUUUUUUCUUUUCUUUUUUUUGUUUUAACGCCUUAUUUGGGAUGCAGGUGCUUGCAUAGGUGCUCAUCCUCCUCCUCCUCCUCUUCCUCCUCACCAUGCCACACCAGUGCCUGAAGGACGGUAGUUUAGAAAGCGGGGUUGUGUUUUUAAGCUUCAGCUUCACUUCACAGGCCGUAAUGAGUUUGAGCUCCGGGUUGCCUCAUCUGUUUUUGUUUUGUGUUUGAUUGAAGGUGUUGAAAACUCUCCUCCUCCUCCUCCUCCUCCUCCUCCUCCUACUCCUCCCAGCAACGCUGAAACCUCACUUGGAUAUUUUUGGAAGUCUCAAAAUAAAAGUCAUCACCCCCACAGGUCUCAGACGUUAGUGAAGAGCAGGGUUCUACAUGCUGGAUGUUUUUUUGUUUUGUUUUUUUCUGUUUCUUCUCCUUGAUUUGCCUUUUUAAAACCGCCUGUUUGCUCGAAAACCGAAUGUGCUGGAAGACGGAGGAUGGUUUUGAGUUCACAGCUCUGUAUCGAUCAUCUCUGACCGGUUUCGAUGCUUCCUUUUCUCGAGCGUUCGCUGUAAACGUCAGUGAGACGUACGACAGCAGCAGCUUCACCCUGUGACGGUGUUUUCAGUUUGCGUCCGUUAUAACACAGGGAGGGUUUAUUUAUACUCCAAGGUCAGCAGACUGUGCAGCACUUUUCUUUUGUAUAAUAAUCUUGUGAAAAUAAAAGAUCAUACCCUCCAA